AUGGAGCCAGUGACGGAACAGGUCCAGGAAUUCCUGGAGCGCGCCCAAGCAGUGCCAGUGCUCAGUCUGCACUCACUUGUGACGUCGCAACAGCUGUUCUUGACGUUUGGAGUUGCUACUCUCUCAGUCUUGCUCUUCUACUUCUUUCUGCGCCGCAGCUUGAGCCAUGCGCUCUGCAACGACCUGCAGCAGAUGAUAGGGACAGGACCCCACUCGGCUGGGGACUCGCCAGCAGGACUGACGGCCAUGCAACAGUGCUUGCAGGCCCUGGAUGACACGGUCCCGGGCCUCCUGACCUCCAUCCAGGAAACCAUGAAUACCCUUUCAGGAGCAGUCACACACCAUGGAUCCCUAUUGGUGCAACUGCGGCAAGAUGUGACCGCGCUGACGACUACAACAACCAGCCAUGACACACUGCUGCAGCAACUGGACCAAGGGGUGAAAGACAUGGGUGCCGUCUCGGGCACAGAGAUCUCUGCGCUCCUCAAGGAACUUGGCUCACUCAUGGGGUCUCUCCAACAGCUGACCCCGGCUGCGUCGGCCCAGUUCUUGAAGGACGUCAAAGGGGCCCUGGAAACGAGAAUGUCGACACUUCAGGACACGCUCAUGGAACUGAGCAUAUCCGCCACCACCUUGAAGACGCGCAAGGUGACGGUGGACAUCACACCCUUCAAGGAGCAGUUUGAUGGCAUCAAGGACCAGCUGGCCAACAUGCUCGCCAAGGUCGACCAAGCUCUUGGGUAUAUGAGAGACGACCAUGCCCUGAUCGUCCGCCUCAAGGACAAGCUCGAGGAAACCAAGAGCGACGGCGAAAAGCACAAGGCAGCCCUCCAGGGAGACAUCCGGAACAUCGUCGCCCUAGUACGAGGACUAGAAAAGACGUGUGCGCAGGCCUCGGACUUCAGCGAGAAAGCUCUGAAUGUCAUCGCCAAAGGCAACCCCAGCCCGUGGGAGACAGAGCUCAAGAACGUGGUCGACGAGACGGAGAAGCUCCUCAGGUGGGUCGCAGGACAGGAAGAAGCCCUGGCGGACCGGGCUCAGAAGAUCGAAAGUAUGUGCACAGGGUUGGUGGACCAGCUCACCGACGUCUCCACCGCCCUGGAGAACCACAGCUCGGUGAUGGGACAAAGACUUCGCCUACUCAACGAAGUCCAAGGCGGGGUGGAAAAGGUCCUACAUGCCCUUCCACCUCGACAGAACCAGGCAGCGAGCGGAGCCAGUGGACCGAACCAGCCACCGCCUAUGCAACCGGCCCCGCAUUUGGGCCCACAUGGCUGGGUACAGAGAGGGCCACCACCAGCCCCCGCCCACACACCGACAGUCUACACGGAGUGGGACAGACCUUCAUCCAGCGCGAGACCGGCACCAGUGAUCGUCACCAGCAUGGACACUCUGGCAACGGCCUUGCAGCAGCACUCACAACACAUGUAG